GCUGGACAUCAGGGCACUGAUCUAAGAAGGGAGGACGUCAGGACACAGAUCUUGAAGGGACAGGGCACGGCAUCGAGACGCUGCUGUGCUCCAGGCUCCGGCCACCCUGCGGGGGGAUUUCUGAGGGUUUUUUUCCUUCUCCUUCCAUUCCUGGGUAAUUAAGACAUCUUGGAGGCGUACUCAACUUAUGACGUGUUGCUUUUUCUUUUCCUCUCGGGGAGAAAGUGGCUCUCCCUGCCCUGAAUCAGGUCCCCUGCCAUUCAUAGCUACAGACAUUCUGCGCGCACACACACACACACACACACACACACACACAAACUUAAGGUGAAGAGCUAAAAACUUCCUCUGCACUUUGUGUCCUCUGCUUCAGAUUGCUGGAGAGUUCUGAGAGCAUCUUAACUUUGGGAGUUCUGGAUAAGUGAAGAAGAUUCUUUUGGCUAUCAAAGAUGAAGAGUCUACUUUUUUUGGUGCUGAUUUCUAUCUGCUGUGCUGAACCUCACAUUGGCAACUAUACUCUGGACCAUGAAAGAAUUAUUCAUAUCCAAGAAGAUGAUGGCCCCCAUCUAUCUGUGGUAGCAGAACAAAGUAAAGUCUUCUCACACAGAGGCGGCAACGUUACACUGCCAUGUAAAUUUUACCGUGAAAGUAUAACAGCUGGCUCAGGAACCCACAGAAUCCGGGUCAAGUGGACCAAACUCACCUCAGAUUACCUCAAAGAAGUGGAUGUCUUUGUUGCUAUGGGACACCACAGGAAGAGUUACGGAAACUACCAGGACAGAGUGUUUCUGAAAGAAGGCAGUUCAAAUGAUGCUUCUCUUGUAAUCACAGCUCUAACACUGGAGGAUUAUGGGAAAUAUAAAUGUGAGGUGAUUGAAGGCUUAGAGGAUGACACAGCAAUGGUAACUCUGGAUUUACAAGGUGUUGUAUUUCCUUACUUUCCACGGCUGGGUCGCUACAAUUUAAACUUCCAUGAAGCUCAGCAAGCUUGUCUGGACCAAGAUUCUGUUAUUGCCUCCUUUGACCAGUUGUAUGAAGCAUGGAGAUCAGGGUUGGACUGGUGUAAUGCAGGCUGGCUUAGUGAUGGAUCCGUGCAAUAUCCCAUCACCAAACCCAGAGAACCUUGUGGAGGAAAAAACACAGUACCUGGAGUCAGGAAUUAUGGGUUCUGGGAUAAAGAUAAAAGCAGAUACGAUGUCUUCUGUUUUACAUCAAACUUCAAUGGCCGUUUUUACUACCUAAUACACCCAACCAAGCUGACCUAUGAUGAAGCUGUGCAGGCCUGCCUCAAAGAUGGAUCUCAGAUUGCUAAAGUAGGUCAGAUAUUUGCUGCCUGGAAACUUCUAGGAUAUGAUCGCUGCGACGCUGGCUGGCUGGCUGAUGGCAGUGUCCGCUACCCGAUCUCAAGACCAAGAAAACGCUGCAGUCCUAAUGAAGCAGCAGUGCGCUUUGUGGGCUUCCCAGAUAAAAAGCACAAGCUAUAUGGUGUCUACUGUUUCAGAGCGUACAACUGAAAGUACUUAGAGCACAGCAGUUUUAAAUUCAUUAAGAACAUGUGAAAGAUUUAUUUUCAAUAUGAACUCAUGCAAGUUACCAAAACUGUGAUAAUCUUUUUUACUUACUGUAAAGAGUCAUUUUCAUAAAAUCAACCCAUUAAUUUGUUUUAUUCUUUUUUUGUAAAAGUAUCAUUCAAUAGAUAUUUUAAAUUAAUAUAAUUUAAUGGAAGCUCUAGGUAAGAAAGCUUUAGAGCCAAAUUCUUUAAGCUACAUCAUCCCAGCAAAAUAUAAUUUUCAUGAAUGGGGCAUGCAAUAGCUUGAUGAUUGCUAGGACUAAAUUAAGGAAUGUAAGGCUACUCAAAGCAGAAGCUUUUACAAGCACAGAUUUUAGACAUUUGUACCAUUUUGAGAUACACUACAAAAAAUUAAAUACUCAGUUUUGAAAUACAAUGAUCUUUUAUUAACUGGGAUUCACUGACGUUUUGCAAAAAAUAUACAGAAAAAACAUAUUUUCACAUGGGAACAAUAUGCCGUUUAGUGAAUACAGCAUUUAAAGCCAGUCUACAAAACAGGACUUGUUGCCAUUUAAAAUCCUGCCUUUCAGACAAAUAAGUUCAUUUGUGAUCCCAUGCAUAGCAACAAGCACAACUAGAUCUUCUGAACAUUUCAAUUGUGUUUAUAUUGUGUAUAAAAUAUUGAUGAGUGGGUGAAUAAUUAACCCUACUUUCUUCUUAAUUCAAACUAAAGAUGCCUGAGAAGUGUUGUAUUACCUUUGAGUAGCUUUACUGAGUUAUUUUUAAACUCUAAAGGCCAUUUGCUAAGCAGCAUUUAGCAUCUACUCAGGGCAGUUAUAUAAAUGAACUGCUGGACAGAAAAAUUGUAAAAUUUAGCAGCUUGAUUUUACGUUAGCCUUUGAAAAGUUAUUGUCUUAUAAAAAGAACAUUAAAAUAUUUAAUAUUUCUUUCUUAUUUACACAUCAUAAGAGAUUAAAUUUUGGAAAAGCUUGUUAAAACCAAUAAAGACUCUAUACUGAGAAUAUGAAGGGAAAAAAAUCUGAUACCAGCUAUCAAAGACAAAAAAAGUUUAUUUCCUGUUUGUGUACUCACUUAAGUCCAUGUGUAACUACAUAAAAAUAUAUCUAUUUCUAAAAAAUAAUAUUUGGGGUCAACUUCACCAAUCUUCUCAGUUGACCAUUGUUAAGAUUAAUGAAAAAGUCUUAAAAUAAAUAAUUAGUAAAUUUUCAGUGUUCUGAAUGGGAGAUAUUUACUUGUGUCUUUCAGUGUCAGAGAAAGAAAUCAGGGCUGCCUAAGGGUUUUUGGUUUUGGGACCCAUUUCUCACUAAAAUAAUGCCAAAUUAAGGGGAAUUAAGUGUAUGGUGACUGGUGAUUUUGAACACAACAAUGCUCAGCAUGCAACUUCAGACAUCUUAAAGGCACUUGGUUUUAAGAGGGUUGGCACCUGGGGCUUUCUGAAAAUAAUUGAAAAUCAAUGUUCUUUAUGGCAUCUGAAGCUGGAACAAUGGCAGCCUCAAAAAUCACUAAUCACUGACAGAAAAUCGUGACCUUGCAAGUUCCUUAGACAGCUUUGAAAUUCCCAUCCAGUAUUAGCUUCAUCAUUGAACAUAAAAAAAAAAUAGAACUCUGUUUUCCUGUACUAAGUCUGGUGACUAUGAUAAUUUCUGAGGACCAAUAUUUGUAUUCAGUGAAGUUUUACAGUUUAUCAUUGUUUCAUUAUGUAAAUGAGAUAUAGUAGAAUUAUCCCAGUAGGACACAACUGGUAUGCUUUCAUGAAUGUUUUUGUGUAGAUUUUUUUCACAGACAUGAGUUAAUAAAUUAUGUUUCCUGAAA